AUGACGUCGGAUAAACAGAAGGACGGAGGUGAGAAGGAGUAUGUGUCUGCGCCCAUAUCAUUAUCAGUCAGCGGCGAUAACGAAGUCUUGUUGUCUACUGCAGUUAUUUUAGUUAAGAACGAGAAAACAAAUGCAAUGCAUGAGGCACGUUGUUUGCUCGACUGUAGUGCUCAAUCUAAUUUUAUAUCUGAGGCGCUGGUGGAGAAGUUAGGCAUGCAGGGUGAGGAUAUAGACGUCAACAUUACGGGUAUUAAAAGUAUUUCGUUUGAUGUCAAGAAACACUGCGCGGUAACUAUUCAAGCGCGUAAUCGUAGUGUUAAGGCACCGUGUGCGCAAGUUGAUGCCUACAUUCUCCCUCAGAUAAUGAAACCCUUACCGUCAGAGGAAGUGGAUAUUUCGAAUAUUGAUAUCCCUCAAAAUAUCACAUUAGCAGACCCAGGCUGGUACAAGCCUGCUGAAAUUGACAUAUUAAUAGGCGGUGCGAUAUUUUGGGACUUAAUACGCAAUGGACAAAUUGAGCUCGGUUACAAUAAGCCAAAAUUACAAAAUUCAAUAUUUGGUUGGUUAGUGGUAGGAAAAACAAUGUUAACUACUAAGAGUAGUAGAACAAAAACUGAGCAUUGUGGUUUCAGUAGAGAAAUACGCGAUCAGCUAAGUAAGUUUUGGGAGUUGGAGGAAGUGCCAGCUGCACCAGUGUUGUCCCCAGAAGAGGAGGCGUGCGAAGAACAUUUCAAGCAAAACACACGACGCUUGGCUGAUGGCAGAUUUUGCGUCACGCUGCCCUUGAAAAGUCAACCAGAUAUUCUAGGUGACUCAUAUAGAAUAGCAAGGAAACGGUUUGAUUCCUUGGAGCACAGGUUUAGAAGGCAGCCUGAUGUAAAAUCGCAAUAUGUAGAUUUUAUAAAUGAAUAUGCGCAGCUGAACCACUUGUCACAAAGCAAGAAGCCUGAAAAAGCCAAUUUUCUGCCCCACCACCCAAUUUUAAAGGAGCAAAGCGAAUCUACGAAGUGUCGCGUUGUCUUUGACGCUUCAGCUCGGACUGAUUCAGGCUACUCGCUUAAUGAUAUCCUCAUGACGAGCUACAGUCGUUGUCACUGUGGUGGGAGGGACCUGCAUUCCUGCAGGAUACAACUGAUCGGUGGCCAGAACAAACUGAAGCGACAGAAAAGAGCUUACCUGAGUUACGUGUAUAUGCAGCAAGAGUUGAAACACCGACAGUACCGAUAA